AAUAACUUUUAAAAUGGUAAAACAGUAAGUUUCUGUAGAAUUUUGCUGUAAAAAUGACACCAAUUUGUUAUAGUGCAAGGAAGGACAUGGAAGAGUGCGACCAUGACUAACCUUUUUAUGCUCUGUACAUUUUUGGGCUGUCUAGAAGGAACCUGAGAUGAGGUUACCUCAAGGUAUCACGGAGGCAGCAGAAAAUAAUAUACUCCUGGAGUUCCUGGUUACACUGCAACUCCUGUUGAAGGGAUCUGAUGCUUUGCCACAGAACUUAAAUGAUAUUGAGAGAACUAUUUUUUAAAGAUAUUUUUUUUUUGGAUUGUGUGAAUAGGAGAGAGGUUGAACAGGAUCAGGAAAGUAUCUCAAGCAGGGACUAAAACUCAAGUCGCCCACUGUGCUACUGCACCAUAAGUCGAAGCACUGCUCACAAACUAUUUAACUAUUUGAUAACAAUAUGUGCUAGGUUUUCUAUAGGAGAUUAAUUUAAACAAUUUAAAAUGUGAUCAUUUUGAGAUGUUUGUUCAAACAAAGGGAGUUAUAAAACUAUUAUAAAUCUAUACAAAAUUUUGUAAGUUUUGCAAGUUGAUCAUGGAAUGUGCUUUUGUCACCAUUUUUAAGUGGCCUGUGGGAUUAGUGGUGACACAGACUCCAUAAGUGUCAUAAAUCAUAAUAGAUGUUUUCUGUCAAAAUAUUGGUCAAUUUUACAAUUUGACUGCCAGAUGUGUUAUUAUUUUCUCCCCUUCCCUGUUGCAAGUAUAUCAUCAGUUCUACAAUCAUCAGAACCCCUUCUGAGAGAGCAAGACUCAACUAACCUGCAGGAAUUAGGAGAGAACAUACCACGGUGUCAACUGGGGAAACUGAGAUUGGCUCCCUUAAAACUCUUAGGUCAAUCCUUUAAAGAUUUCAAUUUAGCUUCACAACCAUCCAGUGACCUCCUGAGAGAACUAGAGCCAUAUAACAAUGAUCAGAAGUAUUCAGGAAUGGAGCUGCUUUUUGCUGGCCUGAUGAGUCCUUACUGCAAACUGCAGAUUCUGAGACUGGCCAUCUGUAAUCUCACCGAUCAAUCCUGCAAAGGCUUGGCCUCAGCUCUUAAGUCUUCAAACUCCUCACUGAGAGAGCUGGACCUGAGUAACAAUGACCUGCAGAAUUCAGGAGUGAAACUUCUCUGUGCUGGACUGAAGAGUACAAACUGUACACUAGAGACACUGAGAUUAUCUGGCUGUAUGGUGACAGAGGAAGGCUGUGUUGAUCUUGCUUCAGCUCUAAGGUCAAACCCUUCACACCUGAGAGAGCUGGAUCUGAGCUACAAUCACCCAGAAGUCUCAGGAGUGAAGCUGCUUUCUACUCUACUGAAGGAUCCACACUAUAAACUAGAGAAACUCAAUGUAAAUCAUCUUGAAGAGGUCAUGAUUACAGCAGGACUACGCAAGUAUGCCUGUAAUCUCACACUGGAUCCAAACACAGUAAACAUUCUUCUCUGUCUGUCUGAGGAUAAUAGAAAGGUGACACGUUUGGAGCAGCAACAGUCAUAUCCUGAUCAUCCAGAUAGAUUUGAUUACUUUCCUCAGGUUAUGUGUAGAGAGAGUCUGUCAGGGCGCUGCUACUGGGAGGCUGAAUGGAGCGGAUGGAGGGGGGGCGUUAUAUCAGUGGCACAUAAAGGAAUGAGAAGGAAAGGAGGAAGUGACGAUUGUAGGUUUGGAUUUAAUGAAAAUUCCUGGAGUCUUGAUUGCUCUGAUGGCACUUUCACUGUCUGGCACAACAAAAAUAGCACUGACAUUCCUGCCCCUUACCCCUCUAAGAGAGUAGGAGUGUAUCUGGACUGGUCGGUCGGCACUCUGUCCUUCUACAGCAUCUCUGAUGCGCACACACUCACACACUUGUGCACAUUUCACUCCACAUUCACUGAACCCCUCUGUGCUGGAUUUAGGGUUUUUAUUGAUUCCUCAUUAUCUCUGUGUAAGUUUGAACAGCCUCCAAACACUGUUAAUCUAAAGAAAUUACAGAGGAAAAUGGUUGCAUUUUUUCAUAAACAGUGAAGACAACACAGAAAAUAAGAAUCAUGACAAUUAAACAUUUGAAUUUGAAUUAAAACAUUAAAAAACACCACUAUGAUCAGAAAGAAUAUAAAAAAUCCAGAAAGAAUAUAAUUGUUUCUUAUAAGACAUUCAAUAAAAGAAAUUGAGCUGAAUGAACACCAGUAAACUGAAUUAACUUACCUAAACACAAUAUAUGAGAUUAUGCAGAUAUACACAUUGAAAAUCUGCACAAAAGGUCACAAAUGCACACAUAAACUUGAACUGGUAAAUUAACUACUAGUAAUUUACUACUUCUAUUACAAUAAUGUAUGCUUAAUUUUGAGAGCUCAUAUUUUUACAAGGACAAUGUUGAUGUGUUUUUAUUUUAAUUCAUUUUUGUUAUUAAGGUUUUAACAUAUCUGAAUAAUUGGUUUAAUUCUGAACUUCUUUUGUUGAUUAAAAUUGGAUGUCAUUGUAACGGAUGGGCAAGGAUGAGGCCAGGGCGAAUCCAAGCGCACACACAGAUUUAAUAAAGUCAAAUAACAGAUAAUCCAGACAGUGAAACAGGCAAAUAGUCCACAUGAGGAUGAUAGCAGAAAUCCAGAAGACACAAAGAAAACAAGACUUUCCAAAAACCCCCAACCGAACACAUGAACACCAUCAACAACUGACAAAAGCAAAAGAGAAACACAAGGGUUAUAUAUACACACACAAGGAAACAAGCUAAACAAGGUAACAAGAGGGAGUGGCCAAUAGGAAACACCUGGAGAAACAAAUCAACAUGAAAAACUACAAAGAACUACAAAACAUGGCACAAGACAGGAAAUAACCAAAAUCCUCACAUAAGACAGGGAAACACAGACUGGAAACAUGACAGCCAUUUUAUUUUGAG